AUGGGUCUCCAGUCCUCUGUAAGAGCCAAGAGGCUUUGGAAUGUUUUGAAGGUGACACUUAUUCUAAUGGCAAGAAAAGGUUUGAUCUCAAAGAGAAGGUUCAUUAUGGACAUGAAUUUAAUGGUGAAGAGAGGGAAGUUGUUCAGAAAAUCUGUUACCAAUUACUUCAUGUUCCAUCACCACCACCACCACUCCAACGGCCGAGAUAUGACACGUGGCAGUUUCGGCAUACAGGAUUAUGAGUUCUCUUGCAGCAACACUCCCAUUAAUCCUGUUUUUUCCCACACGUCAAAGCGCGGCACCAAGUACCAUACUUACUUCCCCUGUAUCAACCUUCCAGUGGAAAUCGAAACAAGGCGGCAACAAGAAGAAGAAGAAAAAGAAGAGGAAGAAGAUUCAUACCCAGAAGCCAAGGCAGGCUGUUAUCUACUUAUGACUCCUGAGAACACAUUAAAUCACUUGCAGUAUAAUGCUUGUAGCUAUGCUUUAAGUCCUGCAAUGGAGGGGGCAAGCCCACUCGUUUCCCCAUUUAAUGUAAGGAUAUCCAACUAUUCCUCCGAAGAGGACAAUGAAAUUAGCUGUGAAAGUGGACAAGUGGAUAAUCAGGCUGAGGAGUUCAUCAAAAGGUUUUAUGAACAGCUGAAGAUGCAAAGACGCCUGCAGUUACUGCAAUAUAACUAA